AUGGCUCUGCUGAAGGUUCUGCUGCUGCUACAGGGUGUUUCAGUGAACUCGGGUGUUUCUCUGCAGAAGAGAAUCAUCAGAGGUCAUGAUUGUGAUAACAAUGAGCAUCUUCAUUAUGUUCGGCUAUCAGGCAGGAAAGGUACUGCCACGACCCAGUGUGGCGGAUCUCUGAUCCAUCCUGAGUGGAUCCUCACUGCAGGUCACUGCUCUGAGAUGGAGUCAGGAUGGACUUUUACAGCAUUUUGAGUUCAUCCACAGACUGCUAAACAGGAGGAUCAGAUAAUCCAACACAAUCCUGUGAUUUAUGUUAAAGAUGGCCAGCUGCAUGACAUCAUGUUGCUGAAGCUUCAGACACCAGUCAGAAAUAUCCCACCUGCUCUGCUACCAAGAUGCAGUAACCGACUUAAAAAUGGUGAUGCAGUUCAGCUGGCAGGAGAGGGAGCAACGAUAAUCGGACCCAAUAAUGAGCGACUACCCUAUGAUGCUGUUUCAUCACAUCUUCAGUGUGUCGACAUGAAUGUUGCUGCUGUUUCCUACUUCGAUUCGACACGUGGGUUUAUAUUCCGUGCUGCAUCACCGAACAAGGAUGCUUGUGCUGGUGACUCUGGUGGAGGAGUGAUCUUCAACAAGCAGCUUUAUGGUGUGAUUUCUGCAGGUGGAAUCAAUGCAUGUCAGGAGCAGCUUUUUAUCAUGGAUGUGUGUGAAUACAUGGAGUGGAUAAGCAAAUCAACUGGGCUUAAACUCAAAACAUGAAGUGUCAUGAAAUCAAAUUUUCAAAUUUAUCAUGAAAUCAAAUUUCCUCUGUCGAUGUUACUCGAGAUCAUCCCUAAAGUUAAAUAUAUGCAUUAAAAGGUGUGUUUUUCCUUU